AAAUUAGAGAAGUGGACAUCCUUCUCAAGCUAGCUCUGCUCAAUAGAAUUGGCACCAUGGAGUUGUUACACCCUAGCAACCUCUUUCCCAUUUUUGUGCCAUCUUUAAUACUAGUAUUAUUUUGGUGCAAAAUCAUGAGGCGUCAAAGAGUUUUCCUAGUAGAUUUUGCAUGUUACAGACCCCCAAAAGAUCAACAAAUUUGUAGACAAACCUUUAUUGAAAAAUCUUCUAGAAGUUUAAAUUCUAACAAAAACACAUUAGAGUUCAUGGACAGGAUCUUGCAACGAGUAGGUUUAGGUGAGAAAACGUACCUUUCUAAAGGUUUGUUAAAAGAACCUCCAGAUAUGAGCGCGAAAGCGGCUAAGGAAGAAGUGGAGAUGGCAAUAUUCGGAUCCAUAGAUGAGCUUUUACUGAAAACUGGAGUACAAUGUGAAGAUAUUGACAUAUUGGUUACUGUUUGUGGCGUAUACAAUAUUAUGCCAUCUUUGUCUAGUGUCAUAGUGAAGCGUUACAACCUUAGACAUGAUAUACAUACAUAUAAUAUUACUGGAAUGGGAUGCACUGCUGGCCUUGUUGCCUUAGGCCUUGUCCAAAAUUUGCUUAAGGUGCAUGAUAAUUCCUGUGCACUAGUAGUGACUAGUGAUAGCAUUACAGAAAAUGUAUACAAAGGGAAUGACCGGUCAAAAUUGUUGAGUAAUUGCAUAUUCCGUGUGGGUGCAGUAGCUCUGCUCCUCUCCAACAAACCGUCUGAUCUGAAUACAUCGAAGUAUGAGCUCAUCCACACCGUGCGAUCGCAAACAUCGAACGAUGAUCGAUCCUACAACUGUAUUUUCAUGGAAGAAGACGUGGAAGGACAUCGAGGUAUCACAAUCAACAAAGAUCUAUUGUACGCAGCAAUGAAUACCAUUCGAUUAAAUAUAUCCACCAUAGCUCCACUAGUCCUUUCUCUAUCUGAAAAAUUACGUUACUUGGUAAAUCUUAUAGCACAAUACUUUCAUAUGAUCAAAAGCAACGUAGAUCGACCUUAUAAUCCUGAUUUCUCCAAAACCGUCAAUCAUUUCUUCCCACACGUCGGGGGUAAACCGGUGUUGGAUGAUUUGCAGAAAAAAUUAGGGUUUAGCGACGAACAAAUGGAAGCUUCUAGAAUGACUCUAUAUAGGUUCGGUAACACAUCCACAUGUUCGGUGUGGUAUGAAGUAGCUUAUGUUGAAGCAAAAGGUAGGGUCAGAAAAGGAGACACAUUAUGGCAAAUAGCAUUCGGGUCGGGUUUCAAAUGUACUAGUGUUAUUUGGAGGGCAAACCGAUCAAUUGACCGCGAUGAGGUAAAUCCAUGGUCCGAUGAAAUUGAUGAGUUCCCCGUGGAUCUUAGCCAGAUGGAAACACUCUCGGACCUAUUUGUUGCUUCUAAAUAGAAAAAGAUCGAUCGUUUGGUAGAAUAUAUUAGAGUAAAAUAUAUAAUGCAAGUAUUGGCUUUGAUCAUUGUGGAGUGUACGGAAUAUAUUUUUUUCUUUAAUUAUUAGUUCAAUUUCAAUAUUUAUGUUUAUGCUUAUUUAAAA